AUGGAUUUGAUGAAAAUAUUAUUUAGAAGAAAUUUGUUUAAUGUUUUUAAAUUACAACGACGGCUAUGUUGGUCUAGUAGUGCUGAAGAAUUCUUUGCUAAUGUUCCAAGGUUAGCUGACGUUGACAAAUUUGAUGCAAAAUUGGUUGAAAAACAUUAUUUUGAAAGACCUAAACAGUUUGAAUGGCCAAACAGUCCCAACUUUACAAUGGUUUUGCCUCCACCAAAUGUGACAGGAAAUUUACAUGUUGGACAUGCACUUACAGUUGUUGUGCAAGAUAGUAUUUGUCGCUAUAAUAGAUUGUUGGGAAAGGAGGUUCGUUGGAUACCUGGUUUUGAUCAUGCUGGUAUAGCAACUCAAACAGUUGUUGAAAAACAUAUUUUAAAAAAAUUUGGAAGGAAAAGAGAAGAAAUAUUGACAGAUGAAGAAUUUUUGUAUUUUUGUGAUAAGUGGAAAAAUGAACGUAUUGCUGAUAUUAAAAAACAAUUAAAUUCAUUAGGAUGUUCUUUGGAUUGGGAACAUGAAUUUUAUACAUUGGAUGAGGAUUUUUCUGAUACAGUUACAGAAGCAUUUGUUCGUUUAUAUGAUUUGGGUUUAAUUACUCGUGAAACUCGUUUAGUCCAAUCAUUUAAUGAAAAUGAGCCAACAAUGAAAGAACAAUGGUUUCUUAAAAUGACUGAAAUGAAUAAAAAAUUAUUAAAAGAUUUGCAAGAAGAAUUGUGUAAGUUUAAUAUAAAUCCUGCUACCGUUAAAGGCAAUUUGAUUGAAUUUUUAAAAUUUGAAGAGCCUUGGUGUUUAAGUAGACAACUUAUUUGGGGACAUAAAAUACCUGCAUAUUUUGUUGAAAGUUCAAAAAGAUGGAUAGUUGCUUUAACUGAAGAAGAUGCUCGCGAACAACUUUUGCCUUCAGAAAAGGAUUCUAAAUUAAUUCAAGAUUCUGAUGUUCUUGAUACUUGGUUUAGUUCUGCAUUAAUUCCAUUGGUUAUUGGUGAUUAUCCUAAUGGAAAUAAAAUUAGUUUAAUGGAAACUGGACAUGAUAUAAUAGGUUUUUGGGUUGCUAGAAUGUUGGUUAUUUGUAAAAGAUUAACUGGCCAUUAUCCAUUUUACAAUAUUUUAAUUCAUGGUUUAAUAAGAGAUAGUCAAAAUAGAAAAAUGAGCAAAUCUUUGGGAAAUGUUGUCGACCCAAUGGAUAUUAUUAAUGGAAUAACACUUGAACAAAUGAUUACAAGAAUGAAAAGUUCAAAUCUUCCACUUGAGGAUAUGGAAGCCUCAGAAAAAGAUUUGAGGAAACGUUUUCCUAAUGGUAUAAAAGCUUGUGGAGCAGAUGCUUUGCGAUUUGCACUGUUACGACAUGAUGCUACAGAUUUUGAAAUUCAUAUAGAUAUACCUCGUUUUGCUGAUGAAGGAAGGCGUUUUUGUAAUAAAAUAUGGAAUAUGUGUAAAUAUGUUGAAAAAGUUAAGAAAGAAAAUAACGAAAGUUAUGAUCGAGGGGAACAAAAAAAUGUUGAAUAUUUUGAGACUGAGAAUGAUGCCGAUAUAUAUAGAAAACUUAAUCAAACUGUUCAACUUUAUUAUUAUUUUAUGGAUAAGAAUAAACCACAUUUAGCAUUUCAUCAUUUAUAUUUGUUUAUUUUGGUUGAUGUUUGUGACAAUUAUUUGGAAAGCACAAAACAAGCUUUAUGGACGAAAGAUUCACAAAGAUUAUUCAUGAUUAAAAUUACUCUUGGAACAAUAAUUUCAGUUUCUUUAACACUUUUACAAACUUUUAUGCCAUUUGUUUCAACUUUUUUGUUGGAUUCUUUAAACUUUAAUGGUCUUGGUAAAGAGUGUUUGUCUGACUUAUUGCGUAGAUUACCAGACUUAACUGAUGAAGAAUAUCAUAAAAUUAAUAAUAUUUUAAUUGGAAAGGAUGAAAGAAAAAAACAACAACAACAAGAGAUGAAGGAAAUGAAAGGGGAGGAGGAGGAAAAUGUUUAUGUUUUUGAAGGAGAAGAAGAACAACAACAAAUACAAAAAACUUAG